AUGAUAUACUUACUAUUGCCGUAUCUGUUUUUAUCAACCCAAACUGUUGCUAGUGAGCAAGACCUAGCUGAAGUGAGGCAGAGAAUAUGGAAUAGCAAAAUCCUCAGGGACUUCGUUCGUGGAAAAGGCCAUGGGAGUGUUGCACGUUUAAGUCUGCAAGAUGCUCUCUCCCCUCCUAACUCAUUUGACGAUGAGGAUCAUCCAUUACUAGACUUAAAUGAUCCAAGUGUUAUGAGUGGCGGAGGAAUUUAUAACGCAGAGGAAAAAUCAUCUGCUCCAAUUCAACAACCUCAAAGAGGUUUCGGCCAGAUUAUAAUGCCUACUUCCAUAAUCGCUCCUGCGUCAUACUUAGCUUCCAUGAAAAGAAAUAAUGCCAAUCCUACGAAAAUAGAUAGCAAUGAACGGCCAGUUCCAAUUAAAAGCUUGAAAAUGUCAUCAGAUGCAAAAAAAGAGCAAAAAAAGAAUGAAAGCUCGCUCAAAGGUUUCUCUGAGCCACCGCAUCAGGCGACAACACCAUCGAAUAAGCCGAAAAAGAUCAAAGGAAAAAAAAAGUCAAAAGAGAAAGGAGAUGAACCCUCGUUGGAGUCUUUCGAAGAACUAGCUGGCUUGUUCCAACAAUUCAUUACUAAGCGUAAGACAAAAGGUCAAUUUGACGAUGUAGCGCCCCAAAUAUCAAUCUCUCAAAAACGUAUUGAGAACGUUAUGGCACAAACGUCUGCUGUAGGGCAAUGGGAAUCUAUGGAUCCCACAGACGUUGAUAUUGAUGAAGAACAGUUCAUGCCAAUGGAAAAAGACGCCUGGGAACAAAAAAUGAAACAGCUCAGCGAGCAGCUUAGUUUAGUUUUGAAGCAAAUAAGACAAACGAAGGAUCAAUCUAAGCCAGCGAAACCAUUACGUGAGAAGCCAAUCGUUAAGAAAAAGCCUGUCGUUACAAUUCUAAGAAACGGAUCAGCCGAACAAAUGAAUGAUGGCUCAUACACUUUUCUGGCAACUAUAACGUUAGUUCAGGAUGAAGGAAAGAACAUAUUGAUUGAUACGGGGUUAGGAACGGAUAUUAAUGGGCGAACAUUGCUCCUCAACAAGUUGAGCAGCUUGGGUUUAGCACCUCCAAAUAUCGAUAUUGUGGUUACAACCCAUGGCCAUCCCGAUCAUAUUGGCGGCAUCAACGAUUUCCCCGAUGCGACACAUUAUCAGGGGUGGUAUGUACACAAAGGAACUAGGUUCAAUCUCUCGGAUCUGUUUGAAACUGAUCGCUUGAAGAUAACUUCUAAUGUGAACUUGAUUAGAACGCCUGGUCAUUCCUCAGAUGACCUAUCCAUAGUUGUUCGUGACGAGCAGUCCAUGGGAACUGUUACAAUAUCAGGAGAUGUUUUCAUCCGUAAGGAAGAUAUCGACUAUCCGAUUAUGUGGCAGCCUCUCAGUGCGAAUGAGACGCAGCAAGCUUUAUCUCGUAAGAAAAUCAUGUGUUCUGAUACGUUAUGGAUAGUGCCAGGACAUGGUCCACCAUUCCUAAUAGAUAAUUCCAUGAAAAACAAAUUCAAGUGUUGA